GGUAUUCAUACAGAAGUUAUAUCAUAUAUAUAUCAUUUGCAAUUUGCAUACCACUCAAAAUGACAUAGUAAAGUUUUUGAUAGUAAACUUUUGUAAUAUGCAAACUGACUUAACUGUAUUUUCAUUUGCAAAAAUUGUCAAAGGUUCUUAUUCUGGUUCUGGUGUGCAUGACGUGUCAGAGGACCUUGGGAAUGGGAAUGGGAAUGACAUCAAUGGCAAUGACAUUUAUGUUAGUGACUACAUAGCAAUUGGGUUAAUGUGUUCAACCCCUAUUUUGAACAAUGAAUGGGAGGACUCCCAAAGGAGGGAGAGGGAGGAGAUUGAGAGACAGAAGAGGGAGAGACAUGAGAGGAUUCAGAGGGCGAGACAGGAGAGGAUUCAGAGGGAAAUACAGGAGGAGAGACAAGAGACAGAGGAUAGAGAGAGACUGGAGAGAGAGCAGAAGGACAGGAAUGACAGAGAGGAGCAAGAGAGAAAGGAGAGAGAGGAGCAACAGAGAAAUAGAGAGGAGCAUGAGAGAAAUGAGAGAGAGGAGCAAGAGAGAAAGAAGAGAGAGGAGCGAGAGAGACAGGAGAGAGAGGAUCAAGAGAGAAAGGAGAGAAAGGAGAGAAAGGAGAAGGAGCUGCAGAAGGAUAGAGAGGAAAAAGAGGAGAAGGAGAUACAAGACAGAGAGGAGAAGGAGAGACAAGACAGAGAGGAGAAAGAGAGGCUGAUAUUACAGGAAAUAGAGAGGGUGGCGAUGGAGGAAAGGGAGAGGGUGGAGGAGGAACAGAGGCUGGAAAUGGAGAGGGUGGAGGAGGAGCAGAGGCUGGAAAGGGAGGAAAGGGAGAGGUUAGAGGAGAAAGAUAGGUUAGAAAGGGAAAGGGUCGCCUUGGAGGCAGAGAGGCUGGAAAGGGAGGAAAGGGAGAGGCUGGAGGAGAAAGAUAGGUUAGAAAGGGAAAGGGUCGCCUUGGAGGCAGAGAGGCUGGAAAGGGAGGAAAGGGAAAGGUCGGAGAAAGAGCAAGAGGCAUUGGAUAGGCUUGAGAAAGAGAAAGAAGAAUAUGAUAGGAUGAACAAGGAGAGGGUGGAGAACAGAGUAGUCCGAGGACCACAGAGCCCGGAAAGAAUUGAUGAAGAGGUUAGUUUCAGUUCAGAGGAAGAAAUGAGUGAUGAUUGUGUAGGGGCAGCAUUGGUUGAACAUGGUGAGCGAAGUCAUCGAAAACGGAAAACAACGACAACCCUGAGCCGAUUAGUACAAGGUUAUGUAAUGAACUGGCGGCCUAGGAAGAAUCGGCGAUACCGGCAUGCAAUUUUCGAUUAUGUUAGACUGAACACCAAUUUUCCACCACGGAGGCAGCACAUUAUUGACAUUGAAGAAGACCCGGUGAUGCUAAGCUGUGAUGGCCAUAUAGCUAGGCUUAGUCUUUGUGCUGGUAUAGGUUUGUCUAGGGGGUAGGUUGUUGACCAGGUAAUAAAAGGAAUUUUAUUUUUAAACAUGAAAGUUAGUUAUUUCAUUUUUUUAUGUUUGAUACUAUUUUAUCAUGAUAUGCGUAGUACGUAAGGGUUGCUGCUAAAAUGUAUGAAAAGGUUUGGGCUCAUCGACUUGAAGGCCGUAGUCGACGAUUCAUGUUGGACCCCACAUUGGCAUUAUGCAAAAUAUUAUUUGGUUUACCAAAAUGUUUAUUUCCUUUUUAUAAUUUUUAAGUAAUUUUGUUCGUCUUGCAAGACUCGUGUGUUAAACAUGAAGUCCCCAGAGGAGUUGGACAGGACCACAAGGGUGUAUACUCGGCAAAUGUUAGGCUUAUCUCCAAACCGCAUUAACGUUGUAAGUAAUUUGUGACUUUGUUAUUACUUUGUUAAUGACAUGAAUAUACUUUUCAAUAGGUCUUUGUUCAUGUGGUGUUGUUGAAUCAUUGGUGGUGUGUGGCCUUUUCACUAAAUCGGGAAGAGAUUUUAGUCAUGGACUCCAUCGAGACGUCUACAGCUGCAGAUUUGCACUCCAUUAACGUUCAAAAAUUGGUAAUCUAAUCUUUGUGACUAAUGUGUCAUGAUUUGGGUAUUUUAUACCCGGCCAGGUGGCCUAAUCAGAAGCCGCCACGUGUCCUCCAUAUAGGUGCCAUUCGGACCUAUGGAAUGAUGACACGUGGAGGGUGGACUCUUCUCUGUCCUACGCGGACUGAAGAUCCAGUAGGGACCAUUCAGGUGGCGACACGUGUCACUCAAAAGGUGCCUCAGAAUCCUUUUGGGCUCAGUGACACGUGUCACUCUGGCAUUGGCCCUGGGAUGGCGGCCUUCAAAGGCCCAAAUCCCGAGGCG